AUGAACCAGAUGAACAACCCUCUCAUGCAGCACAUGAGCAUACGCGAAAGCGGCCUACCUCAAGGGAGAAGAUAUGCUGGAUAUGGCAUCUCACCUGUAGGCCCAGGCGAUCCCCACCCAGCCCAUCAAAUGAACUUCAUGAGCCCCAUGGCCAACCUCGGCAUGAACCAACACCCCUUCGCGGCAGGCCGCUACCCCUUCCCACACCACCCCAUGCCCUUCCAAGGCGUCGGAGGUGGUGGCGGCAUGGGCCCCUUCCCCGGCGGAAGUCUACCAGGCAUGAACCCCAUGGCACCCCCCAUGGGAGGCGGCAUGAUGAACCCAAUGGCCGCAAUGGGCGGCAUGAACGCCAUGAACAUGAACCCCAUGAUGUCCUACAUGUCGCCCCAUCUGCUCGAGCUCCUCGGCGGCGGGAUGAACAUGUACGACGACGACGACACAGGAGUGUGGGAUGGAGAUGAUGAGGAUGAGAAUGGAAUUAUUCACCCGAGAAGAGGGAACAGGAGGAUGCGGAAACGUCGUGGAGGUAUGAUGCCGUUUGGAGCAAUGGGCAUGAAUCCGAUGGGCAUGGCUGGUAUGCCGCGAAUGAUGCCAGGAAUGCCGAUGGGGAUGCCUGGUAUGAUGUCUGUGAUGUGA